AUGGACAGAGUCUUUCGCGGAGCACUUGUAGCUUUAGCAUUGGGCGCUCCCCUAGCGACCGCUGCUCCCGACCAAGCUACAACACAAGCAUGCACUGAAAUCAAGAAUGCACUGCCUGGCAAAGUGUUAACGACCGGGCUUCUGGCGGUCGAGUACGCAUAUGAGAAGCAGCAGUAUUGGUCGAUGACACAGCGCUCUACUGAUCCUGCAUGUAUCGUGCAGCCAGUGUCUGCUGAGGAUGUAUCGGCUGUCGUCAAAAUUCUGCUCAAGUACCCCACUGUCAAAAUGGCUACAAGAAGCGGUGGCCAUGAUCCGAACGUUGGACACAACGGCGUCGAAGAUGGCGUACUCAUCACAAUGACGGACAUGGUGGGUGCUACAUACGACGCAACCAAGGGAGUGGCUUAUGUAAAGCCUGGAGGCGAGUGGAACGAUGUUAUCGGAGACUUGGAACCAAGUGGUGUGACAAUGCUCGGUGGACGUCUAGGAAUUGUUGGCGUGGGUGGUCUUCUACUUGGAGGCGGCUUGUCAUUCCUCAGUGCGCAGCAUGGUCUCGCGGCCGACAACAUCAUUGGCUGGGAGACUGUCAUGGCCAAUGGCUCUAUCAUUAACAUAGAUGCCAAAUCCCAACCAGAACUUGCGAAGGCUAUGAGAGGAAGCGGCAGUCAGUUUGGCAUUGUGACCACUUUCACAGUCCAGACUGUUCCGAUUGGCGACAUAUGGGGUGGAUCGUGUGUCUACGCACUGAAUCAGAGCGAAGCUUUGUAUGCUGCGCUCCACAACUUCGUCGCCAACGGCGCUCAGGAUCCCAAGGCUGCUGUCAUCUUCACAGACCUUUUGCUCCUUGAUGGCACAUCUUUGAAGCUGCUCUACUACUUUUAUGACGGUCCUACACCCCCGAAAUCCGGCCCAUUUGCCGACUUCUUCAAGAUCCCCAACCUCACCUGUCUUCCCCGGACCCAGAAGUCCGCGCAAACGGCGCCCCAGUCGCUCUCCUCCAAGCCCGCUGCUCCUUCCGCGUUCGUAUCCCCACCUCCCUCACCAAUCCCAACUAACCCCAACCAGACUUACACUCUCCCCUACAUCGCCACCCGCCCCCAAAUGUACCAAGACAUCCAAGCUAAAUGGUCCUCCAUCAUAAAACCCUUCGCCAACCUCCUGCACCCAACCUCGCAAUUCUCCGUCGAUUUCCAGCCCUUCCCUGCCGCAAUCGGGGCACAAUCCGCCGCCAAGGGCGGCAACGCCAUGGGCCUGUCCGCCUCGGACGCCGACCUCGUAAUCCUCGAGAUACAGGGCUCGUGGGCGCUGCCUGAAGACGACGCUGUUGCGUAUAGCCUGUCAAAGCAGCUGACCGAUUGGCUGGAUCAGGAAGUGCCGCUGUGGUUGGAUGAGGCAGGCAUGAGGAGGGAUAUUUAUCGCCCGCUUUACCUUAAUGAUGCCGCGGGCGAUCAGGCGGUUAUGCAGAGUUAUAAGGAGUAUGAACAGUUGAAGGCGUUGCAGAUGCAGUAUGAUCCUAAUGGGUUGUGGAGGGAGAGGGCGGGUGGGUUCAAGUACUAG